AUGGAGCAUUCGGCUUUCGAGGAUCAAAUAUUUAGUGAAUUUUCAGGACCCUUGAGUCCUUUGGAUGGCAAGCCCCUAACACCCACAUCUUCGGCUAUGACUUCGGUGUCUCAUGGCAUGCAUUCAGCGGUUAUGCUAAGUUUGCCACCAGGGGCCACUGUUAUGCAGCAUCCCAACUCGGAGAACCCUCACGAAUUUCAGCGCCUGCCUGACUGCCAAACAUUAUUGUCCUCGGGUUCACCGUCCACUCCCGACUAUGAUCACAAAAUGGAAUAUGUCACCAAAAUGGGUUGCUAUUCUCCCACACAGAAAUACGAAUAUCUAACGGCCUCCAAUGGAGCCAACAGCCACAAAUUGGAACAGCAACAGUCACCGGCAAAUAAUCACCAAAAUCCCCCAAAUGGUCUGGGUCAUCACUACAACAACAACAAACCUCUAACUCACCAACAUCCUCAUCAUCAGCAACAGCAGCAGCAGCAACAACAUCUUCACUCUCCCAAUGGUAGAGUGGGUCCUAUUGAUUAUCACCAUCACCAUCAUCAUCAUCAUCAGCAGCAGCAGCAACAGUUACAAAGCAAUGGGGGUAAACUGGAAUAUGAUCCCCAUGGACAUGGACAUCAUCAUCAACCCCAACAUCAUCAUAUCUAUGCCACCAGCAGCAAUCAUCACUCGCAUGAAAUUAUGAAUUCCAAUGAACAUAAUAUGUCACCUUUGGCGAGUAAUGGCUUAAUCACCAAUGCCGCCGGUUCCGCCGUUGCUCCUUCACCAAUGAGUGGAAAUGCUAAUACCGACGGGGGUCUCCUACAGCCCACCAUGGGUGGUGGUGGUGGUGGUGCCUCGACAACACCCAACUCCAACACCAACAGUGCGCUUACGAGUUCUUCUUCGAAUGGUCUUAAUAAUCAAUCUCCUAGCGGGUUAUCAAAUGGUCUGAAACUUAAUAAAGGUAAACAUGAUGAGAUGUGCUCACCCCCAAAUCCAGACGCUCUCAACAAUAAUGGGGGCAAUUCCUCGUUAAGCAACAGCAAUACCCCACCCGCUGUCAAGAAAAAUGACAAAAAGAAAGGAGAUCCCAAUGGCAUAAAAAAGAAGAAAACAAGAACUACAUUUACGGCAUACCAAUUGGAGGAGCUGGAAAGGGCAUUCGAACGUGCGCCCUAUCCGGAUGUAUUUGCUCGUGAAGAGUUGGCCAUCAAAUUGAAUUUAAGUGAAUCUCGGGUGCAAGUUUGGUUUCAAAAUCGACGUGCCAAAUGGCGAAAACAUGAACCUCCACGCAAGACUGGCUACAUCAAGACCAGUACUCCGCCCAACUCCACAUUGAAUACAACAUUGGCCGCCCCGUUUGCCACAUUUCCCCAGACAACGACUGUUACGCCACCGGGAAGCAUGGAUAGUUGGACCAGCUAUCAGCCUCCCUAUGAACUGAGUCCACAAUUUAGUCUAUUAUCACCAGCUGCUAGUCCCUAUGGUACAUAUACAAGUCAAUAUGGCACCUAUGUGCAUGAGUCGCAAAUAUUUCCAAUGCGACACUUUGAAUAUGGCAGUCCACCCAGAGUGGAGAUGAGUGGUCCUGGUGGGGGUGCGGAUGAAACGCAAAAGCUGCACAAUCAUGAUGGAUCCUCAUAUAUGGGUCAACCAAUGUUGGGAGAUGAUGUGACAGCUGCUCAUUUAGCUGAUGGUACCACAGUGCAACUAGUGCAUCAUCAGAAUGGUGGUACCACCAAAUAUUUAACCGCUGAAGAGCCCAAGUAUAUAAGUGUAGGGGCAACUAGUGCUUUAGAUCAAAAUGGUACAAUAUGUCAUAUUAGCCAUGAUCCACAACAACAGCAACAACAAGCUGCCCACCAACAACACGAGAAUAAUGCGGCCGUUUUAAAACAACACAACUACAUAAAUGUCUCCUCAGCGGCAUCGGUAGAGGAUCCCAAUGAUUCAACGGGUCUACAGGCUGUCAUUAAAACUGAGGAAGCCUCAAAUGCCGCUGCAUCGGCGGCGGCGGCGGCGGCCGCUCACCAACACCAUCAACAGCAUCAGCAGCAACAACAAAAUGGUGGCGUUUCCUAUGUCCUGCCGCCUUUUUUGCACUAAAAGAAAUGCUUGCAAGCCACCGACAGCCGGCGAUGAUUCUUCAUAGCAGACAGGCUACGGAAGUACAAAAACGUUGGCAAAUGCGCAAAGAAAAGGAGCUCAAUCUAAAGGCCAGGCCAUUUAGGCGGCCAUGGUAGGCAUGCCUUACUACAGGGUAGCACAGGAAUAAGCUGUGUGAGGCUAGAAGGACCACUCAUUCUAUAUAAAUUUAUGUAUGCAUGAAUGGAACUAGCCAAAGAAAGCUACCAGAAAGAGGUAAUAUGGAAAGCUAAUUCAUAGCCUGAUUGGGAAAGUUAGGCAGGGAUAAUCACCAAUAUUUUGUGAUAUGAUUUGCAAUAUUCCUACAGACCCCAUCUACUAACACAGAUAGCAUGUCUGCUUUUCUUUGGCAAAAACAAAAAUGGAAAACUAUAUCACUUGGCAUGGACACACAUUUGAGUUGGUCUUCAAAACUAAAGGCUAGCGAGAUGCAUAGGUUACCUGGCUACAUAAGGUUACAGAGCGAUAAUAAAUCACUACUUGCAAAAUUUCGACCAACCCUAAAAAAGUUAGGCUUAUAGACGCUCAAAAAGUCAUAUCGUCAAAGCACCACGUUAUAUGGAAGCUGUAUCUAAAUUCGAACCGAUGUGGCCCAUUUGAUUCUCAUUGUUCGGCAUGUUUUCCUGGUUUAAGAAUAGAGAACACCCAACCCAUUUUCCAUUUCGACGAUUCGUAAAGUAAACAGAAUUACUUAAAAUUUUACAUUUUAUUAUUUUGCAUUUUUUUGCAAAGACUUAUGAAAAUUUUAAAUUUUUGAUGCGAAAAAAAAAUUUCGAGUUGAGUAUACAGUAUUGAAGAUAAUGGCAAAAAAUUCGGUUUAGUGCAACUCCUAAGUUUUUCCUUCAAGAAAGAAGCUCAAAAUCGCAUAAUCAAUAUCCAAAAAAAUGCAAAAAAAUCAACGUGAGUUAGAAAUUGCUGUAACAUCCUUAGUUUUGCGAACUUUAUACAAUUCUGAGCACACCGUUGGAUUCGUGAAGAAAAUCCCUUUCCGCAGAUAUGCUACAUAAGACGAUACUGUAAAGGUUGCUAUGGAAAACAUAUCCAAAGCCAAUUUAUUUUGGGCCUAAAAAUUCAAAGUCGUUUUCAAGGCCAACCACGCUGUAACUCCUUUAUUUUUUCGAAUUUCGAAAAUUUUUAAGCAUUCCGCAGUUCGAAAUUCGAAGACGAUUCGUAAAGUGAACAGAAUUACUUGCAAUUUUACAUUUUAUUUUUUUGCAUUUUUUUAGGAAAGGCUAACCCCUUACGAAAAUUUUCAAUUUUUGAUGCGAAAAAUUUUUUCGAGUUGAGUAUACAGUAUUGAAGAUAAUGGCAAAAAAUUCGGUUUAGUGCAACUCCUAUGUUUUUCCUUCAAGAAACAAGCUCAAAAUCGCAUAAUCAAUAUCCGAAAAAUGCAAAAAAAUCAACGUGAGUUUGAAAUUGCUGUAACAUCCUUAGUUUUGCGAACUUCACAAUUCUGAGCACACCGUUGGAUUCGUGAAGAAACUCUCUUUCCGUAAUGGUGCUGGAUGAAGCAAUACUCUCUUCUAUUUCCUUGAAAACUUUACGAGUAUUGCUUCAAAAUCGCAUAAUUGAUAUCCAAAAAUUUCGAAAAAACCAACGUGAGUUUGCAACUGCUGUAACUUCCU